AUGGGCUGCGGGUCAAGCUCGAAUACCCUCCGGGAAGAACUGAAGCAUCAUGGGAAGAACGAGCCUAUUCAAGAUUAUUAUGUUUUCAAAGAGAUCCUCGGAGUCGGAAGUUUCGGUGUUGUCCGCGAGGGUCUUAACAAGGCGACUGGGGAGGAUGUAGCAGUGAAGAGAAUUGCGAGAGAUUCGAAGAUGACUUCGACAAAGAUUGCGCAAGAGCUGAUGGUGAUGAGGAGGGUCAAUCAUCAAUGCUGCAUCCGAUUGAUUGACGUCUUCUACGAUGAUCUCCAUAUCUUCUUGAUUCAAGAGCUUGCAGCAGGCGGAGAGCUCCUGAUCCGUAUCUCCAAAAAGGAUCACUUCACCGAGAGAGAAGCUGGUCUGCUGUUCAAGCAGGUGCUGUCAGGCCUCGAGUACCUCCACCGUCACGGCAUCUGCCAUCGCGAUGUCAAGCCUGAAAACAUCCUGCUCAUGAGCAAGGACCCCUCAUCCCCCUCCUACAACGACGUCAAGAUCGCUGACUUCGGGUUCGCGUCCAUCAAGGGUCAUUCCAUCCUCAACACCAUGUCGACUCCCUGCGGGACCCCCGAGUACAUCGCGCCGGAGAUCGUGCACAUCUCCUUCGACAAGAGCUUCCAGGAGGGCCUCUACUCCACCAAGGUGGACGUGUGGUCUGCUGGCGCGAUCCUCUACACCAUGCUGUGCGGAACAUCGCCUUUCCUAUGCGAAAACGUCUCGAAGAUGUUGCUGAUGGUGAAGGAAGGCAGCUUCUCCUUCGCCCGCCACCCGUGGGACCGCAUUGGCUCGUCGGCGAAGGAUUUCAUCAAGAGGAUGCUGACAGUGGACGCGGACAGCAGGCCAACAGCUAGCGAGUGUCUGGAGGAUCGGUGGAUCGCAUCCCUUCCUAUCCUCCCACAGAUCAACCUGAACGUGAAGGAGCCACUUGCUGAGUACGUGGCGAGCAGGCGGGCGAAACGUCUAGGGAACGUCGCGCUGGCUGCGACGAGGAUAAGGAGGCUGAGCACUCACAAGUUCAUCUCGGAUGCUCUUGGGAAUCCGCACGUGGAGGUGAAGUCGCACGAGAACAUCGACGAGGUGGUGGCGACCAUCCAACACCCUGAUGACUCGUGA